GUCAGGAUUCGCGACACCGGAAGCAGGAAGUGCGUGUGGUCGAAUCAUGGCGGCGCGCGCCCUGUAGCUCGCACGAGCUCUCCGCGUUCACCUGCGAGCGUCGCACCUUCUGCUUAACUCAGUUUCUGCGUUUUAAAAGCAUUUUAUUUGCUCAGGUUGCACUACAGGGCGGGCGGACGACGGCGACGGCCAUGCCGGUGUUGUGCAGCUGCUGUGCACAGGCUCGCGCCAUGCUGAAGCGGCCGAAGACGGGUCACUCGCUCUGCAGGGAGUGCUUCUUCUGGGCAUUCGAGGAAGAGGUGCAUGAGACCAUCGUGUCGGCGAGCUUGUUCAACCGCGGCGAGACGGUGGGCAUCGGGGCGUCAGGCGGCAAGGACUCCACCGUGCUGGCACAUGUCCUGAAAGUGCUCAAUGGUCGCUACGACUACGGUCUGAAGCUGAUUCUGCUAUCAGUGGACGAGGGCAUCGCUGGCUAUCGCGAUGACUCCCUGGAGACCGUGCGGAGGAACCAGAGGCAGUAUGAGCUGCCACUGAAGAUCGUGUCCUAUGAGGAACUGUAUGGCUGGACCAUGGAUGCCAUCGUCAAGCAGGUGGGCCUGAAGAACAACUGCACCUUCUGCGGGGUGUUUCGCCGCCAGGCCCUCGAUCGUGGCGCCAUGAUGCUCAAGGUGGACAAGAUCUGCACAGGUCAUAAUGCGGAUGACAUCGCUGAGACUGUGUUGAUGAACGUUUUGCGCGGUGACAUUGCAAGACUUCGCCGCUGCACAGCAAUCUGCACAUCGGGUGAGGGUGAGGGAGCCGUGCCUCGCUGCAAGCCCCUCAAGUACACCUACGAGAAGGAGAUUGUGCUCUACGCCUACUUCAAGAAGCUGGACUACUUCUCCACAGAGUGCAUCUACUCCCCGAACGCGUACCGGGGCCACGCCCGUGCCUUUCUCAAGGACCUGGAGGCUGUACGGCCUAGCGCCAUAAUGGAUGUCAUCCACUCCGGGGAGAACCUGUCUGUGCGCGAGGGCGUGCGCAUGCCAGUGCAGGGGACCUGCACCCGCUGCGGCUACAUUUCCAGCCAGGCGCUCUGCAAGUCCUGCAUGCUGCUGGAGGGCCUGAACCGUGGCCUCCCACGCUUGGGCAUUGGAAAACACCACCGUCUUCACGGCAAGAUCCUAGCCCAGCAGCCGCUCACCCUGGAGGAGGAGCGCAAGCUCAAGGCAGUGGAUUUCUGAUUGCUUUCUGAUUGCUUUUAGUUUAAGGGCUUUAAAUGUGAAUGUGAGUCCUCCGGCUGGGAUGGAAAUACUACCUGAAAAAUGACCUAAAAUCAUAAACAAAUGAAUAAUGCUGUUCACAUUAGGAUAAUGAAAGAUUAAAUAUUCAGCAUUUUUAAAUGAUUUUUUUACAAAUUAUUUUAAAUGGCAUGUCUCACAGACAGUGCGGCCCUUUUGUUGUUAGGAUUUUGACAGCUCAUUUUGUUAUUGCAAAUAAGUGCUUUGAAUGUCCACUGAAGUUUUAACUGUGGUUGGGAAGAAUUUCUCCCACACAACGUGAUCCUGGUGUGUCUGCGUGGGCAAAAGCUCUUGGUACCUAAGUUAAUAAAGUGUCGUUUGUUUUUAAA